UGAGCACACGCUACUUGCUCACCCCGAGAGCGUUCAUAAGUAAUCGCUACGGUUAUCCGCGAGAUAGCGGAACUGCAGAGCCAUGUCUUUAGGACUGGAGCCCGGUUUCUCCAACGACGAAGCGUUGAACAUACGUUACCCGCUUCACCGUGCGUGCAGGGAUGGAGACGUCGGCGCACUGUGCUUGCUGAUCCAACACACCACCAACCUGGCGGACCUGGUCGCCGAAGACUCGUUUUAUGGCUGGACCCCCAUUCAUUGGGCAGCACACUUCGGAAAGGAUGCUCAGCAUAUUUUACUAGAGAUUACAGCAGCUCCAGUUUGGAUCCAGCCUCACUUGGAGCUAAGGAAGCCACCCACCCUCCUCAAAGACUGCACCAGAUUUGCCAGUUCUUGCUCCAAGGCACUUGCAAGUUCCUGGACAUUUCUGGGGGGAAUGGCCCUAGCCCUCACCCUCUGAUCCAACAGGACCCAGACGUGCACAAUAGGAUUGAGAUCCGGGCUCUUCGCUGGCCAUAGCAGAACACUGGCAUUCCUGUCUUCUAGGAAAUCAUCCACAGAACGAGCAGUAUGGCUGAUGGCAUUGUCAUGCGGGAGGGUCAUUUCAGGAUGAGUCUGCAGGAAGGGUACCACAUGAGGGAGGAGGAUGUCUUCCCUGUAAUGCACAGCAUUGAGAUUGCCUGCAAUUGCCAAGCUCAGUCCUAUGAUGCUGUGACACACUGCCCCAGACCAUGAUGGACCCUUAACCUCCAAAUCGAUCCCACUCCAGAGUACAGGCCUCAGUUUACACUCAUUCCUUCGACGAUUGCGGUUAAGGGUCUGGGUUACUGACCGAAAGGUCAGGUGUUCAAGCCCCAGCACCGCCAAGAUACCAUUGUUGGGCCCUUGAGCAAGGCCCUUGACUCUAUCUGCUGCAGGGGCACUGUUUCAUGCGCUCUGACCCCAGCUUAGUCGGGAUAUGUGAAAAAACACAUGCAUUAAUAAGAGCACUUUUUGUCAAUCCUGUCUGGUUCAGCGAAGGUGGGUUUGUGCCCACAGGCGACGUUUGUGCCGGUGAUGUCUGGUAAGGACCUGCCUUACAACAGGCCUACAAGCCCUCAGUCCAGCCUCUCUCAGCCUAUUGUGGACAGCCUGAGCACUGAUGGAGGGAUUGUGCAUUCCUUGUUUAACUCUGGCAGUUGUUGUUGCCAUCCUGUACCUGUCCUGUGCAGGUGUUGUUACACGUGGUCUGCCACUGUGAGGAUGAUCAGCUGUCCUUCCUGUCUCCCUGUUGUGCUGUCUUAGGCGUUUUACAGUACAGACAUUGCAACCUGGCUACAUCUGCAGUCCUCAUGCCUCCAUGCAGCAUGCAUAAGGCACGUUCAAGCAGAUGAGCAGGGACCCUGGGCAUCUUUCUUUUGGUGUUUUGGUGUCAGUAGAAAGGUCUCUUUAGUGUCCAAAGUUUUUAUAACUGUGACCUUAAUUGCCAUAACUGUGACCUUACCAUUUGUAAACUGUUAGUGUCUUAAUGAC